GGUUGCGUUUGAACUGAUACUCAUCAGCUCCGACUGUCUGAACAAGCUUCAGAAUAUAUGUUUCAAAUGUAGAUGCAUACUGUGCUAUUUUGUUACAUUGUUUUGUUUGGUAUAGGCUACUGUACUUUGAGCUUGUUUCAGUAAGCGUGUCGUGUUCAGCCCACGUGACAGGCACUGUAAGAAUUUCAAGAUAGGAAAACAAUUACAUCUGAAACUUUCAAAUUUACAGUUUGGAGUUGAAGAAACGAAAUACAUUUGGAAAUGUUUGGACUCACGUCGAUUAUUUGUGUUCUCCUGGGUUUGCUUCUCUACAUUGUUUUCGAAAGGAAAAGGAGACCUGGGGAGCCACCUCUAGUGAAAGGAUGGGUUCCCUUUCUUGGGAAAGCGUUUGAGUUCGGUAAAGAUGCACAGAAAUUUCUCAGUGUUCAUAAGGAAAAAUAUGGAGAUAUCUUUACAAUACGCAUUGCUGGUAAAUACAUGACUUUUAUAAUGGACCCACUCCUUUAUCCAUAUGUGAUUAAGCAUGGGAAACAGUUAGACUUCCAUGAAUUUUCAGACCAAGUUGCACCUAUGACUUUUGGCUACCCCUGCACCAGAGAUCCAAAAUUCCCUGGAAUGGCUGAACAAAUCCAGAGGGCCUUCCAGUAUCUACAGGGUGACAGUUUGACAUCCCUCAUUGAAAGCAUGAGGAAGAACUUGAUUUUUCUGUUCCAGCAAGACUACUUGAAUGUAACAGAGUGGAGAAUGGAGAAAAUGCAUCAUUUCUGCAAAAAGAUCAUGUUUGAAGCCACUUUCCUGACUUUGUUUGGAAAGCCUCCCCAUGCUAACAGACACCUGGGUAUGGAUGCAUUGAGAGAGAAAUUUGAGAAGUUUGAUGCAAAGUUCCCAUUGUUAAUUAUGAGAAUCCCCAUCUCUUUACUGGGAGAAACCAAAACAAUCCGGGACGACCUGAUCAAUUUCUUUCUCCCGCAAAAAAUGGCGCAGUGGUUGGACCCCGCAGCAUUUAUUCAGCAGAGAACUAAACUUUUUGAGCAGUAUGAACUACUUGGGGACGUUGACAUAGCUGCACAUCAUUUUGCCAUUCUGUGGGCCUCUGUUGGAAACACACUUCCAGCCUCAUUCUGGGCCAUGUACUACUUAGUGAUGCACCCAGAAGCCCUAGCAGUGGUGCGUGGCGAAAUCGACCAUGUUCUCCAGUUAACAGGUCAAGAAGCAGGCUCUGGACAUAGCAUUACCCUCACUAGAGAACAAUUAGACAGUCUGGUCUAUUUAGGUAGCACGAUAAAUGAGAGUUUGCGCCUAAGCUCAGCAUCCAUGAACAUUCGAAUAGCCCAGGAAGACUUCACUCUUGGGUUUGGAGGGGAUCGGUCUAUUGGCGUGAGAAAGGGAGAUGUUAUUGUACUCUAUCCCCAGAGUCUGCACAUGGAUCCCGAAAUUUUUGAAGAUCCUGAGGUUUUCAAGUUUGAUCGUUUCAUUGAAGAUGGGAAGGAGAAGACCAGCUUCUAUAAACAUGGGCAGAAACUGAAAUUUUAUUUGAUGCCAUUUGGAUCAGGAGUGAGUAAAUGUCCCGGCAGGUACUUUGCAAUUAAUGAAAUGAAACAGUUCCUCACUCUGUUGAUAGCACACUUUGACAUUGAAAUACUUCAGGGCGAGGGACCAGUAAAGCCUGACCAAAGUCGAGUAGGCCUCGGCAUCCUUCUUCCUGACACAGAUAUACAAUUCCGUUACAAGACAAGAAUUCCAUAAGGUAGAACUUGGAAGAUACACAAUAUACACUCGCUACUAGCUUUUUAUAGCACAGCAAAUUACAAUUUAAUCCUUCAGUGAUUAGCUGAUUUAUCUCACAAAGAAACAUUUACUAAUACAUCGCUGGGAAAGGCUUACAGUAUGAGCUUCAGCAGUCUUCUAUGGAAAACAUUGUGUAGCAUUUACUGUUUUUGUUACAUAAUAUAUAAUUUGAUUAUAUAAAGCAUUUUUUUUUAGAUGUCCUUUAAACUCUUUCUUUCCAGGUCACCUAGUUUUCAUUUAACUUGAAUAGAUUGCAGUUAAAUGCAGUGUGUAAAUAUUAGUGUAUAAAAAAAUAAUAGCAAGAGAUUAAUACCACUGCAGUUAAACCUGCUCUAUCACUGACUUCAUUCCACUGUAUGUUUGUUAUCUUUUGUGAUUUAAAAAAUAUGUCAAUCACCCCUGGAGGAAGACUCCAGCAGGAUUAAUAUAGGGGUGAAUAGUGGUGGAAUUUUGAUCUGUAUCUGUUUACAUCAGUAAGAUAGACCUCUAAAUGUUUCAGAUAUUUUUUCACACAAAAAUUGAAUAAUUGUAAUCAUGCUGGUAAAGUGCAGUUCAGGUCUCCAGAUAUUAAUUGCUGGCAAUAUUUACAUACUAAUACCACUCCAAGAUUAUUCUAUACUUCUGCCUUCAUGAUUCAUCAUCGGAGAUCAGAAUAAUUUAGACUGCUGUACACCAAUCCUGUCAUUUAUAAGAAUUUAGUAAGUGGGGAAACAUGAACAAAUAUUAUAGAUCGAUUGCUGGAGUUUGAGUUCUAGAGCAAGGUAAACAAAAAAUAAACUAAAUGUAGUUUGUUAACCUGUAAAUUCAAUUAUUGGUAUGCCAUGUUAAUGACUAUUUGUAACCAUUUACCUAGUACUCAUUGCAAAAAUAGCAGUAGAUGCCAUGGUGCCUGGUGAAUUGGACAUUUUAGAAAACAUAUGUUAAUUUGAUUGCUUUGAGGCACUAAAUGUGUGGAAGUGCAUUCAAACAUCUUAAGCCCCUUUCACACUGGCAUGCUCUACCCGGGUCGGAACCUACCCGGGUCAGGACCUGGUGUCAUGCGGGUCAGCUACGUGAUUUCACAGUGCUUUUGAUAAAGCAGGGUUGACCGACGCAAGUAAACGAUAAGCAGCUUGUUACUGACGCUUCCAUCCAAGCUUCUCUUGAUUGAACUGUCGGCCCAAAUGUUGCAGAUCAAAUGUUUCUUCAUCCCUGCUGUGAUCUGGCUCAUGGUGUGUCUCAAGCAACAAAAAUAUGGCUAAACAGAAUAAACAGAAACGUUCCUUGUGGAAGUGAAAUCUUCACGCAGGUGUGGCUGUUUGUUAUUUCAUUGUCCGUCAUGCAUUUUGUCUCGUUCAACCUGGGUCAUAUUGUGUCAAACCAUAUCCUGAGGUGGGUCACUGGGACCCAGGAUAACCCGGAUAUGGCCAGGGAAUGUGGUUUCACACUAUGCUGGAUUGUGACCUGGGUAGCCAGAAACUGGGUCCGAACCUGGGUAGGAAGUGCCAGUGUGAAAGGGGCUUAAGUAUUGCUUUGGACUACCAGGGGCAUGCAACCUGCUUUUACUAAUGUUGUUGAAGCCGACACCCUGGGAUCCUCAAGAAGCUGCUUGAUGAGAUUCUGGGAUCAGUAAGCUACUAACAACCAAACGAACAAGAUGGGCCGAAUGGCCUCCUCUCAUUUGUAAACUUUCUUAUGUUCUUACAUAUAUCUGACCUUAAAAUGGUCCAUGUUAAUGAAUCUCACUUAUGAAUGGCAGGUAAUGCUAAAAAAAAAAGAACAUUUAUAUUUGUAAAUUAGUAAUAAAUAAAUAAACCAUCUUAAUAUCAAAACAAAAAACGCAUCUAUUUUCACCACUGGUUUUCUGUAUCAGUAAGAACUCAUGUGUAUUUAAUAAUCUAAACAUUGGGGAGUCUAAAAUAAUGCUGUUCUAAACUUGUAAACCAACAUGGAACUCUUUCAUUCAAUUAGGGGAUGUUAAUAAAUGGGUCAGUAAACCACCCCUGGGGAUGUAACAUAGUAUUACAGACCUGACCUCUGUUUAGAUCAUUAAAAUAGACCUUGCAUGUGAAAAGCUGAAUCCUCUGUUUAAAAAAAAACAUGUUUGUGAGGCAUGGAGGGAAAAGAAAACAUACACAAACACUGUUGAGAGGUGUAAACUGGGGGUUCCAUUUGUGUACUAUUAUGUAUAACAGUACAGUAAAUUGUAUUAUGUAUUAUUUGCAAACAUGGUAAAGAUGGUCCUUCUAUUAAUUUCAAUAGCCUGCUGAUGUCAGAGCCGUGCAGACAUAUCUCUACACUGUAAUAGUUGGAAUUAGCUCAUUAGCUAUAACAUGCCGAAUCAGCUGUAACCGUUGCAGAGCCAAUCUCAACAGAUAUUCUCACAACUGUAACUUGUUUUUUAAUAGAUAAUUAUGUAUGCAUGUAUUAUUCAAAUUCUAAUAAAUAAUACGCAAAAUCAUAAUCGGUUGCUUUUGAUGUUCUUUUUCGGGUGCACAUUCAAAACAUGUUAGGAUUAGGUUAAUGGAAAUAA